UUUCAAGGGUGCUCUCCGUAUGAUGUCCCCAUUACUGCCUCAUUACCAGAUAGUAAUUUCAAUGCAUCGUCAGUCUUGUCUGCGAGUUUUAACGAACCUUAUAAGGCCAAACUUUGGGGAAAUUCGGAGUGGUGUCCGGCUACCGCCAGCCUAGGCACCGAGUACUUCCAAGUGGAUUUCUCGAGGCCUUUCCGAGUCUGCGCGGUUGAUACUCAAGGGCACCACACGCUGUCCACGUGGUUUGUGUCUAGCUUUAAUAUCACAUAUUCGCUGAAUGAAUCCACGUGGUUUACAGCACAGCAGAAUGAAACAAAUGGGGUGAGUAUUCUGGUCAUGAGGCCGGGAGACAUGGGGGUGAACUGAUUGGCGCAUUGGAGGUCUGUGUUCGAGACCUGAACGCGUCAUUUUGUUGUGAUCUUGGGAAAUAUACCUUACUUUUACAGUGCGUCUCUCCACCCAGGAGCAUAAACUGCCAACGGCGAGCAGUCAGAGAGAACUGAUGAAUUAUAUGGAGGAAUGAUAAUGCAAUGAUUGCUUUUCAUAAUGUUCCCGUUGGGUGUCGGGGUGAAAGCAAGUUCGCAAUCUCCAUCAGUUCAUUAGUUUCGUUGAAAUGCAAAAAUAAAGAGCAUCAAAAUUUUUUUCUUAUGUUAUUAUUAUAUCAAUUUAGAUAUUCUCUGGUAACUCUGAUGGAAAUACUGUGGUGAGAAAUAAACUGAGUGGUAACUGGAGUUUUGUUGCAAGAUUUCUGCGAUUGAUUCCUUUAACAUGGAAUGCUUGGCCAUGUUUGAGGAUUGAAGUUUAUGGAAGAGGUAAGAUCCUACAUUUAUUUCAUGAUUAUAAACAAAUAAAAAAGCGACACUAUAAUCAAGGUGGAGCAAAUGAAACUAUAAAUGUUGUAGAAUUCCGGUGGACUGCAAAUGUCAUAGUUGAGGAUUUAGGCCCGAACCAUCUCGGAGCGAUCGGAGACCAGAUACAAGAAAUCAGCGGAAAUGGAGCCAAAGUUUUCUCCAGCAGGGAUAAUCUUUGUUUGCAAUGUGCUCAUUCUUACUUCGAUUGGCUUUCAGAGCUGCCAGCCAUUGAUGUUAGAUUCCCUCGAAACAAAACCGUCCUGGAAGGAGAACAGUUUACUCUCAGAUGCCUUCCUUUGGGAAAUAAGAGCAAUUUCAAUGUCACUUGGAUGACGAAAAGUGGAAAUGAAAGAUCAUUUCCGGUUGCAGGGCAAAACCUCACCGUGAAUGCAACCAGACUUGACACAGGAGCAUACAGUUGUGAAGUAACUAAUGGAGUGGAAGCCAUUGUGUCGCCAAUAGCUUAUGUUACUGUGUGGUGUAAGUGUAUUGAUCAAGGAUUCUAAUUAACAGAACCAAGUCACGGCCUGUUUCUCAACAUAAAAUCCGCAAAAAUUUUUCCAUUCGCUGUAGGUGUUAUUAUCACACGCUCUUAGCCAUUGUUGUUUCUUUUUGGUCCGUCGUUUGAUUCUGUUUCACUUUAUUAAAAAGAGGCCUGGCCACAGGUGGAGGUACUGGGGGAAGGAAGAAAUUAUUUAGAUGCAUAUACGCUGGUAAGUCUAUGAAUUCAUUUCCCUCGCGAUGUGAUUACAGCACAAUAUUAUUCAAGUUUUAUGCUUAAUACCGUCUUAUGAUGCGUCAAUAUUUCCGAGCAAGAAAAAAUGCUCAUUUUUUUUUAUUUUAUUCGAAGACCAAACCCAAAAUUCACAUCUCUUUUUUUUUUUUUCAGAUCCACCCUCAUUUAUUGAUUUAAAAAACCAAACCAAAGAAAUCGUUGAAGGCGUUAAAAUGAGUCUUCAGUGUAACGUUACGGCGGCUAAUCCAGAGCCGAACAUUACCUGGUAUAGUGCGACUGAGAAUGACACAGUUCUUUCUAAUGCAGUACAUUUGACAUUUUCCAAUAUUUCAAGAUCAAAUUCAGGGAAUUAUUUCUGUGUGGCUGAAAAUGGAAUUGGUCCAAAACUCACUUCUGGUAUGAUAACCCUGAACGUGCAAUGUAAGUUCAUCGACUUUCUUUUAAAAUGCAUUUGUAAUGACAAAAAGAAACCAUUUUGCUACUCUUAAAAAAACACUGCUGUUGGUAAAAUAACAUUAUUCUCACCAACCAAUGUGGCUUGCAAGGAAGAGAUACCCAUUUAUGAAACGAAAAAAAAUAUAUUUCUUCAUGGCGGAUGAAAAAUCGCUAUCCCGGACAAGGCUAAGGCCCAUAAUUUUGAUCACAACCGGUAGAUUCCACAAAGGAAAUUUUCAUUUUUUCUUCAGAUUCACCAUCACUUGAUACAAAUUUUCCUCAUGAUGAAUCAGCAGUGGAAGGAGAAAAUGUAACAAUGAAUUGUGUUGUAAAAGAAAGUAAUCCUGAACCAAACAUCACGUGGGUAAAGCUGAGUGACCGUGCAAAGGUGUUUCCGAGUGGUGUUAGUCUGAGUUUGCGCAGUGUCUCAAAGGAUGAUGAGGGGGAAUACCGCUGCUUGGCAGAAAAUGGCAUCGGUGAACAGAUGAUGUCGCGCAUUGCUUACCUCUCAGUGGAGGGUCAGUUAUCCUAG